AUGGGAGAAGCCCAGCUGUCCCCAUCAGAAAGUGUCAGCUGUGAAGAUCUCACUGCAGUCAAGAAUGAAGAGCACAGUUUGGAGGGCAGCAAUGUUACUGUGUCCUAUAAUUACUCCAAACCUGCAACUGGUGGUAACACCUUGGAAGAUGAUAUUACAGCCAGCAGUGCUGAAGUGUUUUCAUCAGAGGGACAUACUGUUACUCUGUCCUGUAACUAUUCAGUUAAAGCUGAUAAUCUCCAGUGGUAUCGACAAGAUCCUGGAUCAGCUCCUCAGUUCCUUCUCCUGAUCACUGAUACAACAUCUCCUACUGUGGUUGAAGCAAAACCUCCAAAUCCUCGACUGACUGCUAAACUGAAUAAGAAAAUAAAUGAAAUCAACCUGCAGAUCUCCUCUGCUGCAGUGUCUGACUCUGCUGUGUACUACUGUGCUAUGAUCAAGAAACUCCGUCACCUCAACAUAUCUCCACUCCUCAUCUGCUGGGUUCACAACUUCCUCACCAAUAGACCACAGGCUGUAAGGAUAGGCACAGUCACAUCAUCAACCAUCAUCACCAACACUGGAGCCCAGCAGGGUUGUGUCCUCAGCCCUUUUCUCUACACCCUCUACACAAAUGACUGCAUCAGCCCCUCACCAAUCACCACAUACUACAAGUAUUCAGAUGACACUGCCAUCCUAGGAGGAAGUGUAACUGAGAGAAGUGAAAAUACAGAUCUAAGAGGAGACGGAGAGAUUCAGGGAGGAGCUAAGCUGUUACUGAACUAUAGAAGAGAGAGGAACUUCCAUAUUCAGCAGAGUUCAAUACACAAACCACAAACAUUACCUUUAUUCAACAUGCUGUCAAUGGAUCAUUGUCUACUUUCUUUGGUGUUUCUAUCCAUUUUAACAGGUGUCAGCUGUGAAGAACUCACUCCAGUCAACAAUGAAGAGUUCAGUUUAGAAGGCAGCUCUGUUACUCUGUCCUACAAAUACUCUCAAGCUGCAACUGGUAGUAAUUAUUUCUACUGGUAUCGACAAUAUCCAGGAAAACCACCAGAGUUCCUCAUCUCUCAUUCAGGAACCGGAACUUCUCUAUCAAAUCCAGUACCUAGACUGUCUUUUAAAGUGAGUGAAGAUAAAACCCAAAUGGAUCUGCAGAUCUCCUCUGCUGCAGUGACAGACUCUGCUCUGUACUACUGUGCUAGUGUAAAGGACAAGACAGAGUGA